AUGAGCGGCUCCAAGGACUGGGCGCAGAUCUCUGCUCCCAAGGCGUCGCGGAAUCGGAAGCUGUUUCGGUCCAUUUUCGAGCGCAAAGACAAGGACGGAAAAGAUGGGCACAAAAGCGACGGCAACAAGAGCGACACAAACACAACAGACGACGAGAAGGAUAAUGAGGGAUGGUUGAAGCUGAGGAGAGGACGGAGCUCCAGGAUCGGUAGUCGGGUGACCUCCAGAGCGGGUUCCGCUGUUCCUACAUCCAGGGGAACGUCAUCGGUAAGAAAUACAGGCGACACAACCACAAACACAAACACAACGAGUGAUGACAUUGUCAGCAAGUUGAACACCCUGGGGCUGACACCAACGUCGUCACGACCAAGUUCGAUGAUUCUUUCCCCUGAAGAACACGUCAGAACCACGCUCAUGGAGGAGUACAAAAUUCCGGCUGAAACGAUUGAUUUGGAAAAUAUCAGAUUUGUGCUGGCGUCCAAGUUCACGCAAAACGACACUCAAAAGGCCGUUCAGCUCAUUGUGGCGUUCCGGAAGGCCGCUGCGGGUCUCAUGCAUCCAUACGUCUCCCCUCAAGGGGAGUAUACCCGCCUUGUGGGAGCAGACAAUUGGAACGGAGUGUCAUGCUACUUUGACUCACUCAUGGUGGCAAUGUUUGCUCGAAUGGACAACUUCGAGCCCAUGCUGUACAAGAACUUUGAGUUCGACGAGCGGCGAGAGUCGCUGGCCACAUUGCUCAGAUUUUACGUGACUCUGCUUCGCCAGGGAUGCUACAUCACCACAGACAUGACGCACAAGCUGAUGGAGUCGCUGAUGGAAGCGGAUUGGUGCGACGGGCAGACACUACACAGGCAGCAGGAUGUGUCUGAACUGUUUCAGUUUAUUUGCGACAAAAUGGACAUGCCGUUGUUGACGCUCAAGGUGGAUAUUGCACAUGGAGGCAAGGAGGUAAGAGAGGACGACCACAAGUUGGUAAAUGAACGAAUGCUUCACAUUCCUGUUCCUGGCGAUGAUAACGACCCUCCCAUUCUGUUGGAGCAAUGUCUGGAGCAAUACUUUUCGAACUCAGUGAAUGUCCGUCGUCAGAUUGAACGGCGCAAGACCCUGGACCAGCUGGAUGCGGUCGCGUUCAAACGCCCUCGAUCCUACUCCACAAAGUCUAAAAAGUACCAUGUUCACGUCGAGACAGUGGAGAUGUUGGACGGAGAAGGGGGCAGCCCCAGUACACUUGCCUCCAGAAGGACGUCUGUGAGUUCAGUGGAAGAGGGAGAUAAGAAGGAUAUCAAUACUCUGCGAGAGUUGCAGUUUGUGGACCAGAACAGAUGGCACAGGUACGAUAAUGAGGAGGACAGGGGAGAAGGUGAAACGGGAGGAGUGGUUGAGGUAGGAGAUGAGAACGAUGAUUCAAACGCAGAGUCAUCUUCCUCGGUCACUGACUCCGCCGUAGACUCCGCCGUCGACUCACCUGUUUUACCAGACACAGCAUCCGUGUCCACCAUGGUCAAGAACCCACGCGUGUCUGAGCUUAUUCGAAAGGGCUCUAUUGGCGGCCAGUCGACCCGCUCGUCUCUGUGGAACGAAAACAGUGAGAUCACGCUUCCUGCAUGGAUGUUUCUUCAGCUGUUGCCAUUCUACUCCAAUACCAAGGGGGAUACCGACUCUCCUGCCGCCGUGUACUUUGCAAAGUCUAAACCUGUGCUUGUGAUUUGUCUCAAGCGGUUCUGUUGGACGGAAUCUGGGGUGGCAAAGAAGAACAACCGUACUGUUGUGAUCCCCGAUACUAUUCACUUCCCCUCGUUUGUGGCCGACCAGAAUCUCGACAUGGACUACGAGGACAGCGAGGAGGCCGUUUCUGACGAAGACUACGAGCAACCCAAGCAUCCUGGCGCGUUUAAGCUCGUGCUGGAGUCUGCUGUGUGUCACAGAGGUACUUCUGUUCACUCUGGACAUUACAUUACGCUCGUUUCUGAGCAGGCGUCACGUGAUACCGUUGGCGGAGUCUACACUACUGCCGAGCGCCCUACCAAGAGUGCUUCCGAGGACGAUUUUGAUGUUGCUGGCGCUCGACAUCAGUUCCGAACCCGAUCAGGCACCGUUUCGUCCAAGAUCUCAGCUACCAACGAAGCGGCACGGCGCAAGUGGCUGCGGUUCGACGACUUUCAGCCUCGAGACAAAAAGUUUCAGGAGAUCGACUUUGAAGAUGCCUUCACACAGGAGUCGCCGUACCUACUCUUUUACCGUAUGGUUGCCGAUGACGAAGACGAUGAUCCCAAGUCGGAGUACGUGCAGCCGAUUCCGGAUUCACUCGAGUCCCGUGAGUUCGACACGGACCCUAUGAACGCCCACAAGCCGGCAGUAGCCCAGGGACAUAAGCCGUCAAUUGGAAACAUCGACAUGGACAAUGGACGGGGUCUGGGUCGUCUGCGGGCGAAUUUUGGCAUUGGAGGUAAUGCAGGAAACACUUCUGUUGGUGUGACAGAGGUUUCUUGCGAUUCCGAAGGCAGUGAAGACGACGAGUACGACACUGUACGUGUGAAUCAUGUGACGGAAGGUGUGGGUGGUACGACCAUCAAUGGGCUUGAUACGGAGUCUAUUUUUGAGGGCCACACUGGAGAAGUUACAGGCAGUACCGUUGAGGUAUUUUCUGAAGAUACUCAUACUCCAAAUCUCGCUGUUGACACCCACGUGUCCACCCUUGGAGCUGCCCCUUCUUACGAGUCUAUUCCAUCGUAUGAAGUCUCCCCCACUAACACUCGGGCCCCUCCUCUUCCAACCGUGUAUCCUGCUCACGACUCUUCUGACAAUGUGUCGACUCGAAGCAAUCUGGUUCAGGUGCAGCCUCCUCCUCCCAUCACAGUUGACUCCCCCGAGUCUCGUUUUGGCUCUGAAUCAACAGCUUCGUCCAUGUCGACGCAUCCUCUCGAUUCGGAGUCCGACGCCGAGCCGCAUCUCAACAAAUCCAAGAGUUAUUCGUCGAUCAUGUCGUUCCUGCGGCGUGAGUCGUACGUGGCCCCUGUUCCUGAGCAUGCAGAGCUCCCCAGAUCCGGUGCUGCCACCGGCACUGUGACUCCCACGGAGGGCUCCUUAGCCGGUGGAGCAGCGGGCACCAUAUCAGCUUCCAAGAAGCGGUUCUUCCUCAAGAAGCUGGCUUCGCAUUCAUCUGAGGAUGACGCAGAUCACAAGAAGGAUGAUCGCAAGGAGGAGCACAGAAGGGAGAAGGAGGGGAAACGGGAGCUGGAGAAGGCCGAGAAGCGUGAAAAGAAAGAGCGCAAACGGCAGCAGAAGGAGAUGCAAAAGGAGAUGCGCGAUAAGGGCAAAGGACGGGCUAGCGACACUGCCCGUUCUUCUCUGGAUGAGGAAGACAGGGAGUUCAAACAGUACAGAGACGAAAAGUGUGUUGUUUGUUAG